GGUGGAGCGGCGGCGGCGGCGGCGCUGGCACUGGCCCUGGCACCGGCCCUGAGCGCCAUGAGACGGGGCAGCGGCGACAGGGAGCUGGCGCUCCGGAGGGAGGCGGCGGCGGCCGAGCCGGUCGUCGUGGACGCGGGUGCGGCUGGAGAGCCGGAGCACAAGGCGGCCGAGGAGCAGCCCAAGGUGCCGGGCCCGGAGCAGCCCCGCGCGGCGGCGGAGGAGGGGGACGCCGGCGUCUCGCCACGGCCUCCGCUCGCCAGAGCCCCGCACAAGCCCGAGGAGCCGGAGGAGCCGCCGGCGCGGGACGUCUGCCCGCCCGGGAAGCCCAGGAGCAAGGGCCGCAGCGGCAAGCGGAGCUCUCACGGGGACGGCUCUCAGCGGCCGGUCACCGUGGACAGCUCCAAAGCCAAGACGUCCCUGGACGCCCUCAAGAUCAGCAUCCGCCAGCUCAAGUGGAAGGAGGUCCCAUUUGGCCGCCGUGUACCUUGUGACAUCUACUGGCACGGAGUUUCGUUCCAUGACAAUAAUAUAUUCUCGGGUCAAGUGAACAAGUUCCCAGGCAUGACGGAGAUGGUGCGGAAAGUCACCCUGAGCCGAGCAGUCAGGGUGAUGCAGAACCUCUUUCCCGACGAGUACAACUUCUACCCGCGUUCCUGGAUUCUGCCCGAGGAGUUCCAGCUCUUUCUUGCUCAGGUGCGAAUGGUGAAAGAAGGGAACCCCGCCUGGAAGCCCACUUUUAUUGUGAAACCCGAUAGCGGCUGUCAGGGUGAUGGCAUCUACCUCUUCAGAGACCUGGGCGACUCCCGCCUGUUGGGGACCCUGCGGAGCCGGCCCGCGGUGAUCCAGGAGUACGUGUGCAAGCCCCUCCUCAUUGACAAGCUCAAGUUCGAUAUCCGCUUGUACGUCCUGCUCAAGUCCCUGGACCCCUUGGAGAUUUACAUAGCCAAAGAUGGCCUCUCGCGGUUCUGCACGGAGCCCUACCAGGAGCCCAGCUCCCAAAACCUGCACCACGUCUUCAUGCACCUCACCAACUACUCGCUGAACAUCCACAGCGGCAAGUUCAUCCACUCGGACAGCGUGAGCACGGGCAGCAAGAGGACUUUCUCCAGCAUCCUCUGCAGGUUGUCUUCCAAAGGCGUCGACAUCAAGAAGGUCUGGUCUGACAUCAUCUCCCUGGUAAUCAAGACUGUCAUCGCACUGAUUCCACAGCUCAAAGUCUUCUACCAGUCCGACAUCCCCACGGGGAAGCCUGGCCCCACCUGCUUCCAGAUCCUGGGCUUUGACAUUCUCUUAAUGAAAAACCUGAAGCCCGUGCUGCUGGAAGUCAACGCCAACCCCAGCAUGAGAAUUGAGCAUGAGCAAGAACUCUCUCCAGGGGUGUUUGAGAAUGUCCCCAGUGUCGUCGACGAGGAAGUAAAGGUGGCCGUGAUCAGAGACACGCUGCGCCUCAUGGACCCCCUCAAGAAGAAGACAGACAAUCAGUCCCAGCAACUUCCAGUGGCCAGCAAGGAGGAGCCUGUGUCGGGCAAGCAGACAUGCGUCCCGGACGGCGGCGACAGCAGCAACCCCGAGGCCCAGCUGCCCUCCAUCUGCCUCAAGCAGGUGUUCCCCAAGUAUGCGAAGCAGUUCAACUACCUGCGCCUGGUGGACCGUAUGGCAAACCUGUUCAUCCGCUUCCUGGGGAUGAAGGGCACAAUGAAGCUCGGGCCCACUGCCUUCCGAACCUUCAUCAGGAAUUGCAAGCUCAGCAGCGGCAGCUUGUCCAUGGCCUCUGUGGACAUCCUCUACAUCGACGUCACCAGGAAGUGGAACUCUCUCGCCUUGGACAAGCGGGACUCAGGGAUGUGCCUGCAAGCAUUUGUGGAGGCCUUCUUCAUCCUGGCCCAGCGCAAGUUCAAGCUGCUGCCCCUUCACGAGCAGGUAGCCUCGCUGAUCGACCUGUGUGAAUACCACCUGUCCAUGCUGGAUGAGAAACGCCUGGCCAGCAGCCAGAAUGGCACCGCCGGGGGCCAGCAGCAGCCCCAGGAAGGCACCCCGGGGCAGGGCUCCCUGCAGUUGCCAGGGGGCAACCCUCCUGCCCGCACCAACGGUGCCAACAGGCACUCCCACCCCAAGCACACUCUGUCCUGAGGGCCACUCCAGCCCGCCCAAGGGACAAGAACGCCCAGGACUCCCUGCCUGUGGAGGGAUGGCAGAAUUCCCCAGGGUGACACCCCUCAGGCUCCAGGUCUCGGCGCUCAGCUGAGCUGCACCCUGCGAGGCUGCCGGCACCUCCUGGUGACUCACUGGUCUGCCAGGUGUCACUGGACACGGGACAUGUGCAACGGGACAGAUGGUGCCUUCUAUUUGGGAUCACUGGGGGCAGAGCUGCUGUGUUCAUGGGUGGGGCAUGCACGGUACCCUGUCCAGAGAGCUGUGGGGCCCGGAAGUGAAGCCUCGGAUGGGCAGGGCCCUGAGUAGGGCUACUUCCGGCCCGGAGCGUCAUGUGUUCCCCCAGCCCACUCUCAAGAUGGCAGCCCGCACUUCUCAGCCCACUCAUCUGCUACGUGGGUGUAGUUAACAGAUUCGCCUCAUUUAUUUCCUUAGCUUGCCUCUUGCUGCAGUGUUUAGUUUGUUGCUAAUUAAGAAAUAAUGAAUUAAGAAGUAACUAAGUUACAAGGCUCCUCAGCCUUAGAGCUUGAUGGGAGUGUCAGAGGUCAUUUUGUUGGAUUCUGUUUGACCCUGACACCCCCAAAGCAGGAAUGCGGCCUUCAGCCUUCCCUACCAGGUGGCCUUAUGGUCUUUGGAUGAGUCCCUGCAUGGGCAGGGGCACUGGCCAUGUGACCAGGGGGAUGUGUGCCCACAGGAAUGAGAACCAAGGCUCCCUAGUGGAGUACAGAAGACCUGGGUAAGAAUCAGGGUGAGCAGGAGUUGGCACUGGCUGAAACUCAACUGCCAGGAGACCUGCUCCUUGUCACGUUUCGUAUCCCAGGCCUGUGCCCUCCAGGGGACGCCUGGGAGGCAGCUGGACAUUUCAGAAAUGGCCAUGGGCCUUGCAAAACUUCACUCUCCCAUGCACUGUUGGAUAUGAGGGUCAAGGUGGCCUUUUCCAGAAGGUUCCUUUCAGGGAUCCCAAUCCUUACAUUCUGAGCCAGGAGGCACCUACAUGAUGCCUGGCACAUGACACAAGGCCAAUUGUGUCUGCAGGUGCAGAGGAGGCAAGAGCGAGCCUCAAGCGUGCUCCACGUCUGCCUUCUGCAUCUUGCCUUCUCUUCCUUCCUCCGGCAUCCCAUCCUGUCUCCCUCGCCAGGUCUCCAUCCCCCAAGCCAAUUGGUGCAGUUGGCUCAAGAUCCUGGUGCCCCAAUAGGUGCUCAAAAAGCAUCUUUUGGAGGAGGUUCCUAGUCCAGAAAGCAGGAGUGGCUGCUUAAGGUGGAAAGGGCGGGCUCUUGUCCCUGGGAUGUGUUGAGUGCUUUCUACCUAGGGCGUGUUUGAAAACCUCAGUCACCUCAGACAGUUUCAUCAUGUUAUUCCCAUUUCCAGACGAAGAAUAAAAGGCCUGUGAGGCUGCAUGAUCCAAACA